UAAGAGGAACAAGAAGAAGGUAGCACUGGGGGGGUGGCGUGGCGUAGUGCCGUCCCUAAACAAAGCAGACAGCUCCACAGAUGUUAUGUUUUCGCUGGCAAAACGACCUUGUGCAGAUUAUUGUAACCUGUGACUACAGUUUUAAAUCUACAAAUAUUAGGGAGAAAUGAGAAAAAUUAAAAUAUGCUUGUACAGAAACUGUACCCAUACGCGGGCUACACACAGAUGUAAAUUUAGAACAUUUCCCAAAAAUAAAAUUGAAGCCCAACAGUGGUUAACCCACGGUGGCAUUACAGAUCUGACACCGAAACGUCUUACCCCAUACAAGUACAUGUGUUCAUGUCAUUUUCAAUUUGGAAGCAGGCGAGGUGACCCUCCUAUCAAAUUCAUAGAGGAGUAUGACGAUGUAAGUGCAAAUGAUUUUUAUCAAAUGACUCAUUUGAAACAUUUUACACAACUGAAACUAAUAAUAAACGACAAAAGAAUGUGUGAACAUUUUUAAAAGAAUGUUUUUGAGGUGAUAAUAUUUUUACCAGAGAAGGGGCUGAUGAUAUUGUUUUGUUUAUUUUAGGAAGAUACUGAUGAUGAAUUUUCUAAUGGUGGAAAGGAGAAAUGCUUACAAAAUCUUACUCCAGUAACAAGAACCGUUGUUGAGGGAAUGCUCUCUCUUGACCAAUUUGCACUUCUUGAUGGACCACCAGCAAAAAAGUCACAUAUGGAUGACCUUUCUCCCUCAACAAAGAGUGUUGUGGAGGGCUUGCUCUCACUUGAUCAGACUCCGUUAAUUAAUAGGGUAGAUCAGCAGGAGCGCACUCCUAGCACAACUAAGGUCAACUACAUCUUUGGGAGUAAAGUGUCUUACACACCCAAAGCCAGAAUGUGGAAGAUCAUUUCUUCUCAAAAGAAAUCUAAAAUGAGUUUAAACACCUUUUUGAAUUUUGGCAACAGAGUAGGUACCAAACCAAAAAUUGUACCCCUCACUCCUGCUUCCUCUUAUCACCAUUCUGAUCAGCAUUCUGAUCAGCAUGAUCCUGAUGAUCCUGAUGGUUCAAGUUCACCAGAAGAGAAAGGAGUUUUCUUUGAGCAGGAUGGAGUGGGGGGGCAGCGAAUUAUGAGAUCUAUUGGAAUCCAGUGUAACAGGAGCUUCUUGAGCUAUGAUAAGUUCAUGUUACUACCUGAGCGCGAAUUUCAAUUUUACACAGGAGUAACAAAAACUGUUUUCAACGUGAUUUUUGAUUUUUUGGGAGGGGAAGAAGUUCUUAAUAGUCUCAAAUAUAAAUAUAAUCAAAAAACUCCUAAGAGGUUUCAAUGGGUAAAGUUCACAGCACAAGACAAGUUGUUGAUGACUUUAUUGAGACUAAGAAGAGGAAUCGCUUUAAAGGACCUAAGUGAACUGUUCUCUAUUAAAAAAGAAUGGGCAUGUAAAGUAUUCUAUGCAUGGAUCCGACUCAUGAGCAUCCAAUUCUCAAGACUUGAUGACCACAUUUUUGUUAGUGCUGAAGUGCAGAACAUCAACAAACCUAAAUGUUUUUCCCCCUUUCCCAAUUUGAGAGUAAUUAUUGAUGCUACAGAAAUGAAGAUCCAGAGACCCAGAAAUUUGCAACAGCAGGGUAACACCUACUCCAAUUACAAGGCUGCAAAUACAAUGAAAUUCCUAAUUGGGAUUUCCUGCUAUGGUGGACUCUCCUUCAUAAGUGAAGGAUUUGAGGGGAGCAUCUCAGAUAGGAAGUUGUUGCUGAAAAGUGGAAUAUUACAAUUUUUAAUUCAAGGUGACAGUGUGAUGGCAGACAGAGGAUUUGAUGCAGAGGACAUUUUAAAUGAUCGAGGUGUGGAUCUAAUUAUACCUGCAUUUCUUGGAACGCGCAGUGAAUUUACAGCAAGAGAGUUACUUGGUUCAAAAAUUAUUGCAUCAGCAAGGAUUCAUGUAGAAACUUUCAUAGGUAGGGUAAAGCAGUUCAAGCUACUAAGAUGCACUAUUCCAAACAAUCAAAUGUUACCCUAUUAUUCAGACAUUGUGAAAGUGUGUGCACAUCUUGUCAAUUUUAAUGCCCCUUUUAUAAAUUUUGACCAAGAAUAAAUAGCUUGUAUGAAAAUCGACCAUAUUAUUUUUAUUUUAAUAAUGUUUUAAUUGUAUACUGUGACAUACCUUCUGUGCCGAAUUGCUGAAUAUGACGAUGAAGGAGCAACAGAACUGCAGCAAUGUGACAGCAUCUACCAAGAGCGUUGGCCU